AUGCCUCUCAAAUUCGGCCUCUGCACCGACGCCGACAUGCCGCGCGCCUUCGAAAUCUUCUCCCUCGCCUUCGGCCACGAGCACGCCUACGGCGACGCCGUUUGGCCGCGACACGACACCCCAGCUGGCCGCGCCGCCGGCGCAGAACGCCUCCUGCUCGCCAAGCAGCACCAGCCGCACGCGCGGUUCUGCAAGGUGGUCGACACGGAGACGGGCGAGAUGAUUGGCUUCGCGAAGUGGGAUGUCUAUGACGGGUUCGUCCCGGAAGUGGUGACGGAAAUGCCGGCGCAGUAUUAUAGGGACGAGGGGGAGAAGAAGUAUGCGGAUUAUAUGUGGUAUGAGUUUACGCGCAGGAGGUGGGAGGCGGUGAGGGAAAGUGGGGGACGGAUUGUUUCUCUGGAUCUUACGUGUGUUGAUCCGAAGCACCACCGCCGUGGUGCUGGGCCGCUGUUCUUACAAUAUGGAGUGGGGAUUGCCGAUGAGCUUGGUGUGGAUGCGGUUGUCGAAGCUACUCGAAUGGGACGGUUUCUCUACGAGAAGUUUGGAUUCGAGAUCCUGGAGGAUGUCACUAUUGAGAAUCCUCCGGAGCAGGCUGGUCAGAAGGAACAGUUCAUUCACUGGAUGAGACGGUAUCAGAAGAAAACUACGCCUUAG